GGGCCACGUUCCCUGAACGGCGCCUCUCUCGCUCGCUCGCUCUCUGGGGCGCUCUAGCCGCGCGGCCUCUAUGGUGAUCCGGGAGGAAUCAUGGCGGCCGUUGAGGUGGCAGCCUAAAGCGGGAGGCCUCUCCGUUGACGGAAGCCGUCCGCCGAGGAAGAGGGAGCCGGCAGGGGCUCAUGGCGGCGGGGUCCCGCUCCUUACGCUGACUGCCGCCGGUUUCUCUUGGGCGGGGCUCCUCGGUUGAAGGAGGGAGCCGGGCGAGGGCUGCCUGGGCCCCAUUGAGGCGCCUGAGGAGCCAGAGGAGGAGGAGGGAUGGCGUCGUGGCUGGGGGGCCUGGGCGCAGGGCUGGGCCAGUCCCUGGUGGGGCAAGUCGGAGGCAGCCUCUCGACCCUGACCGGGCAGAUCUCCAGCUUCACCAAGGAUAUGCUGCUGGAAGGCAGCGAGGAGGGAGCAGAUGCUGCAGCAGGUUUUCCUGUAUCUAGUUCAAGUCUCCGAGAUGUAGAAAAUAUUCUUGCAACACUGAGAUCAGAGAACGAGAGGUUGAAGAAAGUUUGUAGUGACCUGGAAGAAAAGCAUGAAGCUGCAGAAAUUCAAAUAAAGCAGCAGUCUAUAGAAUACCGCAAUCAACUUCAGCAGAAAGAGGUAGAAAUCAGCCAUCUUAAAGCUAGGCAGAAUACACUACAGGAGCAAUUGCAGAAGGUACAAUCAGCUGCUCAGUCAUCACAGUUAGGAACUGCUGUCUCUCCAUCCACCACUACAUCAGCUUCCUUUGUUCCUAUGGUUAGACAUAGUUCUUCCAGUUUUCAAGGAGAUGACAUGGACUUUGGAGAUGUAAUCUGGUCCCAGCAAGAGAUAAACAGACUGUCCAAUGAGGUUUCAAGACUGGAAUCUGAAGUUGAACAUUGGAAACAAAUGGCACAGUUUUCAAAACCUGAAGGGAUGAAUAAUGUAGAUCAGAGUGAAAUCUGCAAGCUGCAAAAUAUUAUCAAGGAGCUUAAAAAGAAAUUGAGUCAAGAAAUAGACGAACACCAGCAUGAGCUUUCAGUAUUACAGGAUGCACAUCGUCAAAAAUUAGGAGAGAUAAGCCGGCGUCAUAGAGAAGAACUGGGUGAAUAUGAGGAAAGAAUUGAAGAACUUGAAGAUCAAAUACAGAAAGUUGGUGGAGCUGUUGAAUCAUCUUCUGAACAAGAUGUGCAGAACAGUCUCUCUGAAUCUACAGCGCCACACUUGAAGGACUUGCAUGAUAAAGUGAAAAGUUUAAGUCAACAAUUAUCUUCAGCAGAAGAAGAGAAAAAUAUUCUCUUGAAAGAACUUGAAUUGGUAAAAAUGGGGAAAAAUCAACUAACACAGGAAUAUGAAAGACUAAAAUCUGAAUUCAGUAAGCUCCAAGCAUCUAUUAUCAAAGAACAAUCUGGUUUGAAAGAGCAAGAGACAUUUUCUCAUAAUCCAGCAGACUCACUACAGGCAGAAGUGCUCCGACUACAACAAGCCCUCCUUGAUGCAGAAAAUGAAAUAACUCAACUGAAAAAGUUAAAUCAGGAAGAAUUCCAGAAAGAAGUGCCAAAUUUACAACCAAGGGGUGAGACUAGUACAAGUGUAUCCAUUGAAGAACAGAACUUGGUGUUAAAUCAGUUAAGACAAGACUUGGAAAGAAAGCAACAUGAACUUAAUGAAAGCAUUGAAGAAAACCAAACUUUAAUAGGAGAACUAGAAGAACUGGACAAGCAGAACCAAGAAGCUACACAGCAUAUGAUUGUGCUGAAAGAACAGCUAACCAGACAGAAUGCUGAAGCUGCUAAUACUAUCAACAAACUAAAACUGGACAUAGAAUCUGAAAAAAGAAAGUCAUCUAAACUAGAAGCUGAUAAGCUCGAAAUGGUCAAAGAACAAGAAAGCCAGAAAGAGAAAUUGAAUCAGUGUACUUUUACACUUAAUGAUUUGCAUAUGACUAAACAGCACUUGGAAAAUAAAAUAAAAGAGUUAAAAGAACAGCUGAAAGCAUCUCAACAAUGUAACUCCAAAAAUAAACAGGAAGUGGUUGAGUUAAAGAAAAAUCUGCUACAAAGAGAAGAAGAAAUUUCUAUACUCAAAAGUGAAUUAACAAAUAUCAGUCAUGAAUCUACUCACAGUUAUCAAGAGAAUUCAGCCAAAGAAAGUGAAACAGUAAUUUCAAAGUUGAAUGAACAAAUUUCAGAAAGUAAACUAAGAAACACAGAUUUAGAGAAAUCUAUUUUGGAUCUUCAGAUAGAAAAAGAAAAGCUUCAUGUUGCAUGUGAAGAGCUUAAACAGCAGUUGCAAAUAGCUAGUAGUGAGAAAAACAAGAUUGCUUUUGAAAAAGAUAACAUGCUGGAGGCUUUGAAAACUGAAAAGGGUCGAUUAGAAAAUGAACUAAACCAGACUGAAAGCCAGUUGUUGGAGCAGGCUCAUGAAUAUGAGCAAACCAUAGAAGAGUUGUCAAAUGCACGCAACAUGAAUACAACUGUGUUGCAGCUUGACCAUGAACGCUUAGUUAAGCUCAAUCAAGAGAGAGACUUUGAGAUUGCGGAACUUAAGAGGAACAUAGAACAGAUGGAAGCUGAUCAUGAGGAAACUAAAGAGAUGUUAACAAGUAGCUUAGCAGGUCAGAAACAGUUGACAGAACUCAUAAAAGAGAAAGAGAUCUUUGUUGAAAAGUUUAAAACAAGAGCUUCUGAACUUGAGCAGCAACAUGAAGCUUAUGUUAAGGAUUCCAAAAGACUUGAUCUUUUAAAACAAAGUUUAGAAGAAAAAGAGAAAAGCCUUUCAGCCAUGAAAGAAGAGAACAAUCAUUUGAAAGAAGAAAUUGAGCGUCUAAAAGACCAGCAAAGCAGGACAGCCCCUUUGGCUGAGCCCAAAACCCUAGAUAUCAUCACUGAACUUGAAGCAGAAAUAACUCAGUUAUCUGUAAUUAAAAAUGAUCUUGAAGAAGAGCGAAAAAGGAAUAAAAGGAUGCUUGAGGAUCAGAGUCAGAAAAUGUCCCAGCUUCAGCAGUCUCUUCAGGAGUAUAAAAAGGAGACUGAGGAAACCAAAUUUCAACAGGAACAAAUGAACAUCAAACACAAGCAAAUAUGCUUGGAAAAGGAUGAAGAAAUCAAAAGGCUACAGAGGACAAUAGAACAAUUACACAAUCAGAGAAAGGUAAUUCAGCCAGACCCAUCUGAUCUCUUUCAAGGAACCAAAGUGCAAACACUUAAUGGUGAAAAUGGAAAUGAGAAACAUGAUUUAUCUAAAGCUGAGAUUGAAAGACUGGUAAAAGGGCUCAAGGAGAGAGAAAUGGAAAUCAAACUUCUGAAUGAACAAAAUGUCUCGCUGAGUAAACAAAUAGAUCAGUUAUCCAAAGAUGAGGUUGGCAAACUUACACAGAUCAUUCAAGAGAAAAACUUAGAGAUACAAGCUCUUCAUGCAAGGGUCUCCUCUCCACCUUAUAGGCAAGAUGUCCUUUACCUUCAGCAGCAAUUGCAAGCCUAUGCCAUGGAAAGAGAGCAAGUGCUGGCAGUUCUUAGUGAGAAGACAAGGGAGAAUAGUCAAUUAAAAACAGAUUAUCACAAAAUGAUGGAUAUUGUAGCAGCUAAAGAAGCAGCCCUAAAGAAACUGCAGGAAGAAAACCAAAAAUUAGCCAGUGAAUUUGAAAGUAGCAGUCAAGAUAUGUCUCGAGAAACUAUUAAAAACUUGUCACGUAUUAUCAGAGAAAAAGACAUUGAGAUUGAUGCUUUAAGUCAAAAGUGCCAAACUUUAUUGACUGUCCUUCAGGCAUCCAGCACAGGUGCAGGCAGUGAGUUAGGCAGCAUCAAUAGCAAUCAGUUUGAAGAGCUUUUACAGGAGCGUGACAAGCUGAAACAGCAAGUGAAGAAAAUGGAAGAGUGGAAGAAACAGGUAAUGACCACUGUCCAGAAUAUGCAGCAUGAGUCUGCUCAUCUCCAAGUGGAACUACAGAACCUUCAGGCACAGAUUUCAGCCGACAGUGAGAACAAUUCUGAAUUGCAGAUCAAAUAUAAUGGCUUAAUCCAGGGAUAUGAACAGAAUGAGCAAAAGUUGAAAACAUUUAGCCAGGAAUUAGCACAAGUCCAGCAUAGUAUAGGAGAGCUUAAUAAUACCAGGGAUAUUAUUUUGGGUAGGCUUGAUAUGGUAACACCACCUCUGCCAGUAAUCUCUCCCACUGGUGGACAGCCACAAGACAUUCCUAGCAGUUCUGCUUCUCAGGUGCUUAUCAAUGAGACCAAAGUACUAAAUGAGGAACUGGAGCACAUGACAAAAACUUUGGAGGAAAAAGAUGCAACUAUCCAAACUCUACAGGAAAAUAAUCAGAGACUGUCAGAUUCUGUGGCGGCAUCAUCAGAAAUGGAGAGGAAGUGUCAAGAAGAAUCUGACCUGGAAAUAAAACAGUUAAAAGAAAAGUGUGAUGUUUUGCAGAAAUCACUCAGGGAGAAAGAUCUGCUAAUAAAAUCAAAAAGUGAUCAGUUAGUUUCUUUAAGUGAAAAUCUUAAUAAUAAAGAGAGUGAAAAUGAGCUGCUGAAGCAAGGUGUAACUAACCUAAAGGAAAGAACUGUUAUUUUGGAAAUGGAUCUCCGUACGUUGAAAGAAGAAAAUGAUAGAAUAGUGGCAAGGUGUCAGGAGAAAGAAACAGAAUUCCGAGCACUGCAAGAGACUAACAUGCAGUUUUCCAUGAUGUUGAGAGAGAAGGAAUUUGAAUCAUAUUCCAUGAAGGAGAAAGCUCUCACAUUUGAAAGAAUGCUGAAAGAACGAGAACAGGGAAAUGCAGGAGAGUUAAACCAACUGUUGAAUGAAGCAAAGUCUAUGCAAGAGAAGGCAGUUGCUUUUCAACAUGAGAGAGAUCAAGUCAUGUUGGCACUCAAGCAGAAACAAAUGGAAACAACUGCUCUGCAGAAUGAGGUGCAGCAUUUACGUGAUAAAGAGAAGCGUCUAAAUCAGGAACUGGAGAGAUUACGCAAUCACCUUUUAGAAAGGGAAGACACCUCCACACGUGAGGCUUUAGCAGCUGAGGAUCGGGAAUCUAAGCUCAGAAGGAAAGUUCAGAUUUUGGAGGAAAAGCUGCAGUCUUCAUCAACUGAAGUAGAAAAUGCAAGUCAUCAAGCCAGUAUGCAGGUGGAAUCCUUGCAAGAACAGCUGGAUCUUGUAACUAGACACAGAGAUGAAACUGUACUUCAGCUUACAAUUUCACAAGACCAAGUGAAACAGUAUGCUAUGUCCCUAGCCAACCUGCAGAUGGUACUAGAGCAGUUUCAGCGGGAAGAGAAAGCCAUGUAUUCAGCGGAGCUACAAAAACACCAAAAGCAGAUUGCAGAAUGGAAGAAAAAAGCAGAGCAACUAGAAGAGAAAACGUUUUCAUUGCAGGAAAGGUUAGAAGAAGCAAAUGCAGCACUAGAUUCUGCAUCAAGGCUAACAGAACAGCUGGAUCUCAAAGAAGAGCAAAUUGAGGAGCUUAAAAGACAAGGUGAACUAAAGCAAGAAAUGUUAGAAGAUGCACAGAACAAGCUAAUGAAUCUCAUAAAUAGCACAGAAGGAAAAGUGGACAAAGUCCUGAUGAGGAACCUUUUCAUUGGGCAUUUCCACACUCCAAAGAAUAAACGUCAUGAGGUACUAAGGCUAAUGGGAAGUAUCCUAGGAAUAAAAAAGGAGGAACUUGAUCAGUUAUUGUCAGAAGUUCAAACAGGCGUUACUCGAUGGGUGACUGGAUGGUUUGGAGGAAGUGCUGGAUCAAAGAGUGUCCCCAACACACCUCUGAGACCAACCCAUCAAUCCAUUUUUAACAGCUCUUUUUCAGAAUUGUUUGUGAAGUUUCUUGAAACAGAAUCCCGUCCAAUUCUUCCUCCACCAAAACUGUCUGUUCAUGACAUGAAGCCUUUAGGAGCAACAGGAAUUGGCAAACCUAGUGCUAAUCCUUCCAGCAACAUGACAGAUCCAACAGGCUCAGGAACCAGUAGAAGGCCAGAUGUAAACCCAUUCCUUGCACCUCGGUCCGCAGCGGUCCCACUCAUCACCCCAGCUAAUCUUGGAACUGGUGGAGCUGGGCAUCUGCUUAUGAAACCUAUUUCUGAUGCCUUGCCCACUUUCACACCACUGCCGGUAGCACCAGAUGCCAGUGCUGGUGCAGUACUAAAAGACUUGUUAAAGCAAUAGACAGUUCUAAGUCAAUGGUUAUGAUGAAGAUGAUAAUAGCACUUUAUGGGGGGGAAAGAACACUGCGUUUGUAUAAUAUACCACAAAGAGGCCUUUUGUAAAAAGUUGUUGUUCAUAUUCAAUUGCUCUUAAGUUGUUAACCUCUCACCCAUCCUUCCCCACUCCCAAAUUUUUCAAAGUGCUUUUCUUACCAAUCCAUUGCUUUUUUAAAGAUGCUGUCACCAUCAAAGAAGAAAUAGCUCUUGUUAUCUUAGUUUGCUGAAUCCACUUUCAAGUGGAAAAAUCCUAACUGAAACUACAAAACAAAACCCUAGAGGUUUAACAGUUCUCUCCAAAGCCUUUCAACCAUGCAACAUUCAUUUUAACACCAGUAUUAUUUUGGCCAUAUGGACAGUUUUUUUCCCUUUUUCUUCUCACAAAAGAUGUCUGGACUGCUGCUUUUGGGGUCAUCUAACUGAGGGACUAUGUUAAAAAGGACACAAAUCCAGAAAGAACUAUAUAUAUUUGCAAUCAGGGACAAUGGGGUUGGCACUAGAUGGCCUGGGGGAAGUAUCUGGACAGUUCAAAUAUCACUUCAGCCUUCCCAGCCCAUGACUUCUGAAGCCCAGGAAAAUGAGGGAAAAGUACAGUCUAUUUUGUGUGCUGAGAGAUUGUGGGGACCAUAUGUUCCUAAUCCUUACAGAAUGUCAGAUUUAACCCAGAUUUACGUCUUCAAUCUUGAGCAACCCUUCUUAAUUAGUAGGAUGGAACAAUUUUGCAUUAUUCAAUGUAGGGUAGAUAUAGACUAUUUCUCAGCUUUCAGGUCUCCUCUUUGAUUUCUAUUAAACUAGCAUGGGUUGCAGUUUAUCAUGAUUCUGUGAAAGUGAAAGAGAGUGUACAGGUAUAAAACUCCAGAGGGAAUGACAUUAGCUGACCAAGUCUGGCUGUGCUGUGGGCAUUAUGCUCAGAACAGUGUUGUCUCUUGGUGACCAGGAAAUAGCUUGUGUCUGCCAAAAGCAAUGCACUUAAAUAGAAUGGGAGUGCUGCGAAGUGUGGGCUGUUUGUUUUCAUUCACACACACCUUACCAGUAAGUCUGAAACAGGAUACAGCUAACAAUUCUUUGAGAAUGGUUAGUUGUAAGUUUUUAAAAUUCAUUGGUACAAGUGUGUCUCACAAAUUUUAUUUCUGGGCAAUGCUUCAGUUGGGAUUUUCCAACUCCAGAAGCUAUUUAAUAUAACAAAUAUUCCAAACCUACUAACAUUAAUGAAUUUAUGUUCAUUUUUCAGUUGACCACUAAUUGCAAACCUGACAUCGUAUUUGUAUAUUCAUAGUGUAAGUAUGGUUGAAAUAUGCAAUACUGUAAUGGUUCAAGGUGUAUAUUUAAGAGAUGGUUGCUUAUACACAUAAAUUUGAUUGGCAUUUUGAAGUGUGAAUAUAUGUAUAAAGCCUAAAGUGAAUUAUGCUUUACUCCAGUAUGUAAAUAGGUCUACAUAAAACAAAUAGAAUUCUGUAAAUUUGCUGCUCAGAUUUGUACAGUGUAUAUUGAAUGUGUCAUCAAACUAUUGAUCCAAGUACUGGAAGGUGUUCUUGAUGCCUUGAAAAGAUAAUUUGAGACCCAGCAUCACUUUGAGCCUACCCUUUUCUAUACUGUUAUUCAUGCAGUUUGUGUUAAAAGUAAAACUGGGUUAUACUUCCAUUGCCUUCCAUUGGUGGACCAGCUCUGUCAGCAGAAGAGAGAAAACCAAUGUCCUCUCCACCGUGCAUCCCUCAUGCCUUCAAAAAUUUGUUCUGGAUAUUUGGCGGAUUUUCUGGAGAACAUUUUGGGAGGGUGUAAGGAUUUCCAGAGGGGAAAGUAGGUCUUGUUAACUCAAGCAGAAGCACUCUUGGUUAACAUAGAUUUUGCCUACAGUGCAAGUUCUAUAUUCAAAUUUAGAGCAUUUUCUCCUGUGUCUCUUAGUGUGUGUCCACUCUGCAGAAUUAAAGCAGUUUGACACCAUUUUAACUGCUUUGACUCUAUUCUACAGAAUCCUGGUAUUUGUAGUUUGGUGAGUUAUUCAGUCCUGUCUUUCAGCUCUGGUGUUUCACCAAACUACAAAACCCAGGAUUCUGUUGGGUGGAACCAUGGCAGCUAAAGUGAUGCCAAACUGCAUUCUUUCUACAAUAUAGAUGCACCCUUAAUUAAUACCCUGUAGUUUGACUUCAGUUUGAGUAUGGAAUGAAUCAUGAAAAUAUAGUUGCCUAGAAGCUGCAAAAUAAAUGAAUGCAAAGA